AUGAGUUCCUAUGGAUGUGGCUUCAAUGGCAAUGACCGCAAUCUCGAUUCCGAACGAAGAGAUCCUGGUCUUACUGCUCAGAAGCAGGUUCUGGCAAGCAAUAAUAAGGAUCGUGUCUUCAUAAGAAAGCCUUCCCUCACAACCAAGAUCGUGAGGCGCAUACAGGUUUUGAGGGGGUUGGAGGCCCAGCAUAAGCAGUUGGAGAAGAAAUUUUUCAAGGACAGAGCUGCACUGGUAGACAAAUACCAUCAGCUCUACAAACCUCUGUACGAAAAGAGAUAUGAAAUUGUUAAUGGUAUAUCUGAAGUCGGAGUAAAAACUCAAGAACUGUUAGAAGAUGACGAAGCCAAUGGAGAGAAAGGAGUGCCUAACUUUUGGUUGUCUGCGCUGAAGAAUAAUAAGAAACUUUUGAUUAUGAACCAUGACGAACGCGCUCUCCAGUAUCUGAACGAUAUCAAGUGGUCCAGGAUACAUGAUCCUAAGGGAUUCAGGCUGGAAUUCUUAUUUGAUCCUAAUCCUUACUUUCGAAACUCCGUCCUGACAAAAACAUAUUACAUGGUUGAAGAACAUGAACCGAUAUGGAGCAAGGAAAUCGGGACGGAGAUUGAUUGGUAUCCCGGGCAAUGCUUGACAAUCAAUCCAAGAAAGGAUCCAAAGAGUGCCAAGUCUUUGAGUACUCCAGCUGAUAUUUGUUCCAGCUUCUUUACGUUUUUCAAACUUCCCCAGCUUGAUGAUUAUACUGGUGCAGAUAUGGUUUCUAUGUUCAAGACUAGGAUAGAAAACGACCGUGAAAUGGUCUUAACAAUUCGAGACAAGAUCAUCCCUCACGCAGUGUCAUGGUUCGCUGUUAAUAUAGACGAGCUUGAUGAUAGUGAAGACGACGAUGACAGUGACUAUCAUUUUGACUUUGAUAGUGAUGAUGAAGAUGACACGUACAAGAAGUAUGCUGCUGCUUAUAACAACAACAAAGAAGAGGAAGAUCGCAAAAGAAAGAGAGAGAGUGACUGGACUAAUGCUGAGAGAGCAAUGGCUAGGCUAACGCUGCGAGAGCAGUAA